AUAACAUUGUUACCUUUUAGUUAAUUUUUGCAUUCUUUGAGUACCCUUAUAUACCUAGCGUACACGUUAGCACACACACACACAUACACACAUAAAAAAAAAACCCUUUAUCCAUGUUCGGAAUUCUUUCACUUUUCAAGGAUGCCACCGUCUAUGAGAUCAUAGCUUGGCACAGACCCGUUGCCUCUGCCGUUGUGCUAGGUAGCAUUCUCAGCUUUUGGCUCCUUUUUGUGUAUUGGCAAUACACAAUCUUGACUUUUCUGUGCAGGUGCAUUCAACUCGUGUUCCUUUUAGGAGCAGCUGCUACCGCCACAAAGAGCAAUGUUGUGUAUUCGGACUUAACUGGAAAGAUGGACGCCGCAUACGAGUCCAUUCGGCCCUGUGCCGCGAAGAUUCUUGGGAUCUUCGUGGAUGUGGUAAUCUGGCGCGAUGUUAUGUUCUCCGCGAAAGUCUUCGGGGCCUCCCUUGUGAUGGCCUAUAUUGGGAAUUACAUCUGCGAUAGCACCUUCAUCCUAUUGGUGACCAUUAUUUCCUUUUCAGGGCCAGUAUUGUAUGAAAAGAAUAAACCCCUAAUUCAUGAUCAAUUGCGAGUUGCAAACAGAUACGUGAAUCAAUACAUUGGAGUUCUUCGCACAAAGGGAGAACUACUGAAGCAAAAGGUGCGCCAUGUUGAUGCUAAUGCCGGAGUGAAGGCGCAGGCGGAAUCCAAGCUUGAUGAGCUCUUUCGCAAGAACCAAUAACCGUUAUCAUUCAUUUGUUUGCUAAUAUAUAAUAAUGAAGGCUCAACGCAAUAAAGGUAGCAAUACAUAUAUACUCACGUACACACUCGUAUCUUUUUCCCAAUUUAGGCACUUUUUUGAGGUAUUGGACUGUUUAUGCAUUACUUGGUCUUCUGGGGUAGUUGAACUUUUUCUAUUUUAAGAGUAAGUUUUUACUCAUGUGAUUUGCAAUUAUUUUCCGAGUCGUACAGGUUUUUAUGUGCAUUUCAAAGCACAUGAAACACAAUGAAAUCUCUAGAAAUUAGAUAAGGGAAAAUAAAGCAAGGUGUUUUUUUGAAUUCGAUAACAUAAUAAUCUUUUAUUUGGUGAAAAUAUAUCGGAUUAAGCAUUUUGAAAAGGGGAAAAAAGAAUUACCAAUAAAAAUGGCGCGCCAGAGGAGACAUAAAAGAAGUGUUU